AUGACGCACCGGCAGCCUUGACUGUGCCUGUUUGGGCGGGUUUUCUUGGCGGCUAAGGGAGACGUUGUUGUUGAGAUACGUGAGACGAUUGUUUGCGGUACUUGCAAGUUCUAUGGAUGGGCCCUCUGAAUAUUGCUGCGUGCAAGCGUUUUGUGCUGCAAGACGGAGAACGAGGUCGACGACGCGUCCUCGCGCGACACACGGCUCUGCCAGCUGCCCGACGUGUUGUAUCCUCUGGGUCUCUUAUCAACUAACAACAGGCUCUCAUGUGACCGCCGUCUGUGGAUGGGAUGGUCAUGACAACGGGCUGCACGGGCGUGAAUUGGUUGGCUGGCUGACCUCCAGAGCUGUAGCUGGGGGGGUCGCAGGCAUUGCAGGGGGUGUUUGGACCCCAUGGUGUCUGGUUGUGGCGGGGCAACGGCGCAACCCUUGGGAAGACAGCUCAAGUGCACCAAGAGCUCGGGCCGCUGGGGUGGCUGAGAACACCACCAGCCCACACAGCAUUCCUCUUCAAGGCUGGACUACUGCCAUCAGCCUCAACUCAGCCCGCAAGCACCGCAGCCGCGUGACCCGCGCCGGGGUCUGAACGGAUGGUGCUUGAGACGCUGCUUACCUCUCUUAUCCACGCCUGGCUGUGGGGGCCAUCCCGCAGCCUACAGGCACC